AUGUUCUACAAUAUUAUCAACUCGGAGAGACGGGCCCGAGAUUCUGUCACAGUCACGAACCCUAGGACGAAUGAAGCCCUCUGGGAGGUGACAAUCGCAAAUGAGACGGACCUUAACGAUGCAGUUGAAGCUGCUAGGGCGUCAUUUGAAUCAUGGAAGCUGUUGUCUGUCGAGACAAGACAGACUUAUCUACUUAAGCUAGCCGAUGAACUCGAACAGCGAAGAGGUGAAAUACAUGCCCCUCUGGCAGCAGAGACCGGAAAAUCCAGCCUCCUCGCAAAUAUAGAGAUCGAUGAUACUUUGGCGUUUAUCAGAUUUAAUGCAUCCCAAUCAUUGCCCGACAAAGUGGAAUACGAAAAUGAUAAACUCAAGAUCGUGUCUACCCAUCAUCCCAUAGGAGUGGUGGGUGCGAUUUGCCCUUGGAAUUUUCCUCUUGUGUUAGCCGCCGGCAAGAUUGCUGCAGCGCUUGUGAUGGGCAAUUGCAUCAUUGUCAAACCAUCACCAUUCACCCCAUGUGCAACUUUGAAAUUCGCUGAGCUUGCGACAUCCGUGCUUCCGCAGGGUGUACUCCAGGCGCUCAACGGAGACAACGGUGUAGGAAGACUCAUUACCCUUCAUCCAGGGAUCGACAAAAUUAGUUUCACCGGAUCCAUUACGACUGGAAAAAAAGUAGCGGAAAACGCGGCCAAGACACUGAAACGAGUCACACUCGAGCUCGGUGGAAACGAUGCAAGUAUCAUCUGUCCCGACGUUGAUGUCAAAACCGUUGCUCCUAAGGUUGCUGCCGGAUCAUUUUUCCAUUCGGGCCAAAUGUGCGUUGCUACAAAAAGGAUUUAUGUGCAUCAGGCUGUUUUCGAGAAAUUCCGAGACGCCUUCAUGGAGGCAGUUAAGAACAUCAAAAUCGACAUUUCUGGUGACGAGUCGCCUCUGUUCAGUCCCAUUCAGAAUGAGUUACAGUACAAAGUGGUCAAAGAUCUUAUCUGGGAUUGCAAGGAAAACAACUAUACUUUACUAUGUGGGGGAAAUACCGACGAGCAGCCAGGGCUCUUCAUUGCACCCGUGGUUGUGGACCGACCACCGCAUGAUUCUCGCAUCAUCCGAAUGGAGCAGUUUGGUCCUAUCAUUCCGCUUACAAAGUGGUCUACUGAGGAUGAAGUGAUUUCGAAGGUCAAUGGAACAGAUACUGGCUUAGCGGCCUGCGUGUGGUCCGACGAUAUUGGCGCUGCGGAGCGGAUUGCACGGAAACUCGAAGUUGGAACAGUAUGGAUCAAUAGCGCUGAAUCACCCAACCCAAAUGGCUACAUGUCUGGCUGGAAGCAGAGUGGGAUUGGGGGCGAGUGGGGGAACCAGGGCUUGCUGUCGUAUUGUCACACACAGAUAAUUCAGCUAUACAAGUGA